UUGAACAGAAUACCAGACACACCUGUGGGCUCUUCCCAGCUGCUCCCAGCAUGAGAAAACACUCUUUCCUCCCAAUUACUUUCUGACCUGCCACAGGUCGAAAACAUUACAAGGUCUGGUCCUCUCUCUCUCGCUCUCUCUCUCUCACUCUCUCUGUCUCUCUCUCUUCCUUUCUCCUUCUGUGGUGUUGGACUUUGUCCCAUUAUAACAGGAGGAAGUCUCCAGAGUAUUCCAGCGAUGUUCUAAGAGUGUGGAUGCAUGUGGAAGAGACGUCAGGACGAUGAUGUGAAAACUCUCAAAAGACCACACAGGAAGGAGCAAGCGGACAACGGGAGUGAUUUUCACAGAGGUACCUCAGCUCACAAAAUAUCUACCAGACUGUUGGAUUUGUUCCCCCUUUUCUUUUGGUGUUUGACCAAAGACAGUCCAAGAUGUUCCAAGGUGGUGAUCCUCACAGCUUUGAGACCAGCAGCUAUGCUAGCUCUGUCAUAUCCAAUGGAUUCUCGGUUGAGACCUCCUCUCAAAUAUCAAAUGUAUCCAGACCAAGUGGCAGAUCAAUAUACAUGCAGAGAAAAGAAUAUGUGGAGAACAUCAACAAGCAGAUGGGCUGCUGCCAAUACAGAGUUGAGCACCUGUUCACCUGCGACAUGGACAGCUGGGAUGUGAGGCUGGACGACUGCAUCGACAGGCUGAAACUGCUGGAGGCUACGGGCGCCGUGUGGAGCCAGGAAAUGAUCCUGCAGGUGCAGGAUGGGAGUCUGCGGCUCAUCGACAUCGAGACCCAGGAGGAGCUGGAGAGGCAUCCCAUCAGCAGUGUCUCAGACGUGCAGGCAGUGCUGGACAGCUGCGUCUACAACUCCCUGCUGACCGUGUCAAUGCAGAAGGAGGGGACGAGUGGCACCAGCAUCUUCAUGUUCCAGUGCUCGGCCCUGAGGGCUGAUUAUAUCAAACGAGAUAUAGAGAGAGCCAUCAACCACAGAAAAGAUGACUGUGGAGAUAACAGACAACCCAGGGACAACCUGAGAGCCAUCAUGGCUGCCAAGAUGAACGGUGCCCUCCAGAACAACAGACCCCCUUCAGAGGAGUGGGAUCGCCCAGAGCGCCCCCCCAUGGAGUGGGACGCCCCAGACUACGAUGAUAGCCCUGUGCCCACACCCACUCCUGCAACCCCGCUUCCUACGCCCCCCACCAACAAACCCGAGCCGGUGCGAAGGCAACCGCAGCCCCGGCAGCCGUCACCCCCUCCACCACAGAGGACCCCCACCCCCCAGCCCUACACAGAGAGGGAGAGAAAUGUGGAUAUUUUGAAUCACGUGAUUAAUGACAUUGAGGCCUUCAUGGGCAGGGUGGCCGCAGUGGCACCAAAAGAGGACAAGAAGAAGAACAAGAAGAAAAAGAAUAAGAAAAAGAAGUGCAAAGUUAUUGUAGGCCUGCCCUCCCCAGAUGAGUUUGAGGUCUGUUUUCAGAAAAUCAAAUUUGGCUUCAACCUUCUGGGAGAACUAACAGGGAAGAUCAACGAUCCAAGUGCUCCAGAUCUGGUUCAUGUCUUCUUCUCCAUCCUUACUUAUCUGGUGGACUACAGUCCAGAGGAGCUGCCCCCGUCCGUCGUCGUGCCCCUCCUGACCCCAGAGUGCAUCCGGCUGUUGAGUGAGGAGGCCACCAUAGAGGAAGACCAGUUCUGGCAGACGCUGGGAGACGCCUGGAACAUCCCCAGCACACAGUGGCCAGAGGAAGACGACGACAUUCCUGAUUUCAUCCCUGUGUUUGAUGAUGACUGGCAGCCCCAAGACGUCAUGUCUGAGAGUCAGCCACAGAGCAAGCCACAGAGCAAGUCACCGAGCCAGCCACCGAGCCAGCCAAGCAGUAGGCAGCCCAGCCAGCGCACAAGGAAUGAACCAGUGCAGACGCCGUGGAAACCACCAGCAGAGGUCGAGGAAAACGGGGAAGUCCCUGCCAACUACUUGCGCGUGAUCUUUGACUUCACUGCCAGGAACCAGCGAGAACUCAGCAUCUCAAAGGGAGAAGUUGUACAGCUGUUGGACAUGUCCAAACAAUGGUGGAAAGUGCGAAAUGACAUCAAAGAGGAAGGCUAUGUCCCGAACAACGUCUUGGAGCCACUAUACAAAAAGGAUGAGGAACCAGAGCCAGUGGUGGCCACCCCAAACUUGACCAAGAAAUCUAAACCAUCAGAAGUGAAGGCCUGGCUGGAGUACAAGGGAUUCAAUAAAAUCACGGUGCGUUGUCUGAGCAUGGUCAGUGGCGCCUCUCUCCUCGGGAUGACUCGUGAGGAGCUGAAGAUGGUUUGUCCUGACGAGGGGGGCCGGGUGUUCUUCCAGCUGCAGAACGUAAAGUCGGCAAAUGCCUUGGCAAGUGAAAUCAGACGUCUGGAGUAACUACUCAACAAGAUUAACUGGACCAGACAGAGAAUCUGAAGGACUAGAACCGUACUAGUUUAAGUGUUCUGCCAUUUGGAUACGGGAAUUAGUCUCCAGAACUUAUGGCCACACCUUCUUUUGCACACAUACUCUAAAAAGAGUUUGAAAAGGUUCUUUGGAAACCACUGUACUUUGCUGUAAAUGUAUAAUGCUAAUUUAGGUAUGAGAUAUGAGAUUGUAAUUCUUGCUACUCCUAUUCUCCUUGCUAUUGUAACAUGAAUAAUCGCCUUGUGGGAUCCUCUGUUUUGCUCUUCCCAUUGAAACAAUGAUCAGAUCCGAUGCCACAUGCCUAUACAUCCUAUACAUGUUCAAUUAUGUACAACUUCAUUCACACAUAAAAGACACUUUCCCUUUAUUUAUGUUCACCUGUAUUUUACCAUAAAUGUUUAAAGCUGCAGUACAGAUUUAAGUAUUUACCUCUAUUCAUCUUCAUGAUAUUGCGGUGAUGAAAUAACACUAAUGACAUGUUGCAUGUUGUUAUUUUUAAACUAGUCUCAACAUAAUGCCAUAUGUGAAUUUUCUUACCCAGAAUUUUCUUACUAUGAGUUGAUGAAUAAAAGGAAAUGAGUGGCAAA